UCCACCUACCCCGUUGACUGCUAUGUGCUCACGCUAUUGUAUCCUCACACCAAUGAGAACAAAUGGUCAUUGAACCGUGUCGUUGUGCGUUUAAUGUCAGUGUGCUGGUUUCGUGGUAGCAUGGCUGUGCUGGAGUCUCUGCACACUGAUGGGGCAGAUGAAGCCUCGCUGUCGGCUUGUUUUGGAGCUCUGCGUCGGCUUGGCUAAUUGAGCGAGAGAGAGAGAGAGAGAGGGGAAAAAAACAAGGCUGUGAUUUUUCUGCAGUAAAUAGCUCAGAUGUGGAGGGAAAGCCCGCUCAGUCACCGGCUGUAUGACAACGUGUGUAACGUGUAGCCGAGCUCUUUAGCCUGCUCGCAUUUGGUUCAAGGUAGCUGUGAUUUGGUGUGUGGAGUCCAAGCCUGGCAUCUCCAGUCAGAUGUGGAGGCCCAGGGAGGAGAACAUCAUGCUUUUCUUGAAGAUGUUAGUCCAACAAACUAACAGUCUUGUGACGACGAUGCCCAGUCGAAGAUCCUGGGAUUGAGACGUGAAUCCCUUUACACUGAUGGCCUGGACUGAGUUUCAGCUGGCCUGCUGAAGCUAUGGGGAGCUGUUGGAGCUGUCUGUACAGAGACCCCAUCCGAGACAACCAUCUCACCAAAUUUAAGGUCACCAAUGUGGACGAUGAGGGCAACGAGCUGGGCUCUGGGAUCAUGGAGCUCACCCAGACCGAGCUCAUUCUUCACACGCGUAAGAGGGACGCCAUCCGGUGGCCGUAUCUCUGCCUGCGCCGCUACGGCUACGACUCCAACCUGUUUUCUUUCGAGAGCGGUCGUCGCUGUCAGACUGGGCAGGGAAUCUUUGCAUUCAAGUGUUCCCGGGCAGAAGAGAUCUUCAAUCUGCUUCAGGAGCUGAUGCAAUGUAACAGCAUCAACGUGGUGGAAGAGUCGAUGAUGAUGAGUCGCGGUGGUCACACACCAGAGAUGGAGAUGUCUCGCACGCCACAGACUCCCAACACUCCAGCGUUCCCUGUCCAGGCCUUUCCCAAUGGAUACCCUGGUUAUCCAAUCAGAGGUGAUUCCUCCCAACCCUCUCUUGCUGAUGAUCAUGGACAUAGCCUCAUGGGUUUGGAAGACCAGACCCACACCUAUGUAAAUACUGUUAGUAUGGAGGGGGAUCUCUCUAUGCGUCACUGUGUACACUCCCUGCCUGAGGUGCGGCCCAGUACUUUCCCUGAAACAACACGGGGAGCCAUGCCCGUCGGGGGCCAAGGAAAUCCGCAGUCCAACCUGCGGUGCUGUCCCCUGGAGGAGCAUAACGAUCCUCAGGUGUUCUUACAGCCGUCCUCACAGGAGGUCAAAUUCAUGCUGGGCCCCACUCCAGCACAACGCCAUCUGCUGGAGAGAGAGAGGGAGAGAGAGAGGGAGAGGCAUGGGCACAAUCCUCACAACCUUCAGCCAGUAGAGGGUGCAACAGGCUCAGAGACGGAAGGAGACGAGCCAACUAUGCACCUGUGCAACUCUCACUCCUAUCACCAUUUCCAUCACCACACGCACCGGCACCCAGGCCUCGAGCACCCAGACAGCUGCCAAAGCGGCGAACUCACCUACGAGAACAUCAACGGCCUGAGGAGCGGCCGGAAGCAGCGGCUGAGUCCCAGCAGCGUGUCGCAGUCUGUGGGUUCAAGCAGCAGCAGCAGCACUGGGGACAGUCACUCCCACUCCCUCCUGCACCCACACGCCCACGGCCCGUCAUCCCUACCCCCGCAGGGCUACGCCUGCGAGAGGGGCGUAGGUGGAGGUCAUCGUCGAACAGCUCUGCUUAACUAUGAGAACCUGCCCUCUCUGCCGCCGGUGUGGGAGUACAGCGCUCUGCAGCGGGAUGACGAACAGGAAGAGGAAGACGAUGAGCAGGAUGAGGAGGAAUACGAGGAAGAAGAGGAAGACUUUGACGAGUACGAGUUCUCAGAAGGCCCUGGGACGCCCAACGGGUACCACCAGGAUGGUCGGGGCAUCCACAGAGACGCCCUGCAGAACUAUGUCAACACAGAGCAGGUCCAGCCGCCCCGGCUUCGACACGCCUGCCCCCCGCAUCCACGGUCAUGUCAGCCAGACAGAGGGGGGCGGAUAUUUAGCUUUGAUUUCCGCAGACGAUCAAGGUCAGGGGUUGGAGGCUGUGAGCACGGCCACAUGCCUCCGUCGCGGCAGCUUAAUUACAUCCAGGUGGACCUAGAGGGAGAACCUCCCUGCCAAGCCCUCAGCAGUGGGGGUGCCCAGACCCAGCCACAGCACCAGCGCCUACCACCCAAAAAAUGUGGCCCACAGGCACCCCGGCGCAGUGAAUGCUACGCAGUCAUUGACCUAAAGAAGACCGCUGCCAUGUCCAACCUGCAGAAAGCUCUGCCCAGGGAUGAUGGGACUUCCAGAAAGACUCGCCACAACAGCACAGACCUGCCUCUGUAAACGGUGUUCAAACUGAAGAGGAACGAUGAAGACAGAUGAAGGCUUAUCCUCAACUUAGCACACUGGACCCUUCACUGUCAUCCAUCCAUUCAACUGUCGGGCUGACUAAUACAGUACAGGUACCUAAUUAGAAACUUACUGAAACCUAUCUGUGCAUAUAAAAGGAAAUGAGAAAUCUCUGAGGAGAAUUUGCCAUUUUAUUCUGUGUUAUUUAUUAGAUAUGUGGUGUGACACUCCAAAUUGGCAAUUUUUACUGCAAAUACUGUUAGCUGGAUAUAUGGAUAUUUAUAUAUAAGCAUAAAACCAUGUAUGUGUGUGUGUUUGUGUGUGUGUGUGUGUGUGUGCGUGUGUGUAUGGUUUUAUGCUUAGCUAUGACUUAGAGCAGAGAUCUCUGUUUUCAGUGGAAGCAGUCAUUGCCAUAUUGUAUUAGCAAAUUCUAAUUCAUAAACCCAUCUCCACUCAAAUAUUAUUGUUCAUUUACUUAUUCUUCAUCCAUGUGGUUUAUUACUUAAAUACUAUGAGAGUCAAAAAUAGUUGUUGGCAUGAAGGAAGGUUAAUGGUUCCUCCGAGAUACUGGCCAAUAUUCAUACCUCAUCACAAGCAUAUAAGUCUAAUAGUGUGGCUAGUAGAAGAGACCAUUAUUUGUUAUUAUAUGCCUCUGGAGCAUUUUGCACACAAUCCUAUGGAAUUGUAUUUUAUCAUAUUUUAGGAAUGGUGUCGUCCAAUCCAAGAAAAAUUUAAUUAAAUGAACAGAAGAGAAGGUGAUAUUUAGAAAAUUAUACUAAACUGAAUGAUGGUAAAAGUAGCACACAUGGAUUAAAACGAGCUUUGGCUCCCUCCUAUCCACAUGCAGCAAACGAAAAAGUAGCAUAUCAUCUUCGAUCACACCUCCUGCACAUCAUCCCAGACCUGCAGGAGGUCCACACGGUUUACGCUUGUCACGUUGCACUUUUGACCCAGGGUCCCUGAAGCGCUCCUUGUCUCCACUCCCACUCUACUGGAGCCACAGGUUCGACCGUGUCCUUUUACCAAAAGCAGAGGGGGCCAAAUAUUUCAUGGACAUUCUUAGUCAGCAUUGUAGAUAGUUUAUUUACAUGUUUUGAUGGAGACAUCAACAACCUACAAUAGUGGCAUUAAGCUAUAACCUCACAUAAAUUGUGCUGAAUCUAUAAUUUGUCAAUUAUCAGGUGUGAAUGGUCUGUUUAAAGGGUAAUCAAGUAUGUUGCAAAGUCAUGCGGUGGAGAUUUUUGUGAGGCUUUUUAAUCAACCUUAGUCAGAUAUUUAUUUAUUUAUUUAUUUUGUUAUUUAUUUGUUUUUUUUAAAUAAAAAAAUUAAUAAUUUUGUUUUCCAUGUAAUGACCAGCGUUUUGUAAUCCAGUUGGUAAUAUGGAGACCAAAGUUUCACCUCAAAUUAUCACUGGACACUGGUGUAUUACUGUUAUAACUGUGCUUAAUUAUAUUUUGAAAAAAGAAAGACUGUAUUUAUAUUUAAGUGCCAAAACUUAAUUGCAAACUGUAUGAUGAAUAAAAUCAAACGUGCCAAUAGGAUAUGUAGAAAACUUUAAGAUGGAAAGGAAUAAGGUGAUAACAGUCGGGAGACUAACUUUAAAAUCCGACUUUUUUUAAGGAUAAGUAGAAAUUAAACGACAAAAACUGCACAUUCCACCUCAUCAACAUCGACAGCCAUUUCAGAGCGAGAUAUUUGAAUGGUAAUCUUGUAGUCUGAUAAUCACAGUUAGGGUGGUUUUAUGCUGCUACAUGUACAUAGUAACAGUAGCUCAUGUAAGCUACAGGUACUUGUCUAAAUGAAAACAUAUGCGAUGUCAGAUCUUUUACCAUAUUGUUAAUUGCUAAUAGAAGUAGCAUUGUUGUGUUCUUCUGAGAUUAUUUCUGAGAUUGUUUUCUUGACAAACUGGCUGUCUGGAAGGAGAGGUAACGGAAGCACAGGCCCACUGAUGCUGUCAUCUUUUUGUUGUGCUCUCAUAUCAAGUUGGUAUUUUCAGCUGAAGGAGGAAGGCCAAAUGUUCUAGAUUCAUAGGCCUUCAAAUGCAGAUGUAUUGCAGCAGUUAGCUGAAGUUUAUCUUUUGCUUAUUUUUUAACAGAGCGUUCAAGAGCUAAAUAGGAGAUGCAAGUUCAAAUUCUCAACUUCUGAUAAGGAGGGGUUUUUUGGCUUCUGUGUGACCUGAGGUGCAAAAAAAACCCAACCAACAGCUUAAAGUUUGUGAGUGAAGUGAUUUGUGCUCAGGUCACCAUUUUCCAAACGAGACCUGCCCAUAAAACAACACAGACAGAAAUCUCUCAUGUGAAAUAACCAGAACUGUUCAUGUAGGACCCCACUGCUCAUCAUAAGUAACGCCUCCAGCGUUUAGAUGUGCGGGAUGUGGUGAUACAGAUUUUUUUUCAUUAUCAUCUAAUUUUUUAUUUUAAUUAAUUGUUUAGUCUAUAAAAUGUCAGACAAUAAUAGAAAAUGCUAUGUCCCUGAACCCAAAAUGUCCUUAAAUUGCUAUAUAGAUAUUUAUUUUACAUUACAUAUAUUUAAUUUAGAUGUUUAAUUUACAAUGAUCUAAAACAGUUAGAGAAAAGCUAGAUACAGUAAAUGUUUGGCAUUUUUGCUUUAUGAAUUAUUUUAAUCAAUUACCCAAACUCACAGAAUCUAUUACUAACUGUUAUUUUUAGGUUUGAUAAACUUAUUUGUAUUUUAUGACUUUCAUAUUUUUUGACUAACCAGAAUUGUUCAGUUGGUCAGUAAAAUGUCAGAAAAUGGUGAUAAAUGCACACCAGUUUCCUACAGCCCAUGAUGUCAUUUCCAAAUUGCUCGUUUUGUCCAAUCAACAGUCCAAACUUCAAAGAUAUCAAUUUUCCAAUGAUAUAAAACAGAAAAAACACGAAAAAAGUACAUGUUAUUUUUAGAUAUGUGAUAACGGGGUAUUUAUGACCUAAAUUCACUGGUUUGUCGGACGGCAACUAACAAUUUUCAGUUAACCUGGUCGAUUAAUUGGUUAAUUGUUUGGUCUGUAAAUGUCUAUCACAAUUUCCCUGAACCCAAGAUGAUGACCAACAAUCCAAAACCCCAAAAUAUUCAGUUUACAAUUAUGUAAAACCAAGAAAAUUCUCACAAAUGAGCAAAUGUUUGGCUGUUUUACUUGAUAUGGGAGUAAUCAAUUAGUUGACUAAUAAUUUCACCGCUAUAGUAACAACAAUGUGAAAGUGGGAUGAAGUCUAGUUUCUGAUGAACAUUCCCAAACAGAAGCAUCAAAUAACCCAAAAUCAAAAGUUGAUAGUUUGUAUUUUUGUUUGAUCGUCAUACUUUGAUAUGACGUUAAAAAAAGAAGUCUCUUCUAUAACAAAAAAGGCCAACUUUUAGCUGACAUUUUUGACUGUAUUUUCAAAUAUACUGUCAUGAUACAUUGGAAGGAUGUUUACAUUUUUGCAAUAAUAGGUGAAAUUUUGUUUUGUCGAUCUAAAUCAGACCAAUGUGUAAAGUGUGAAAUUUAAAUAGUAGUCUAAUAGAGCUAUGGGCUUAAUGUAUUUAAUCGCCUGUUCUUCUGUGAAUCAGCAGUCUUAUUUUUAUUUCAGAUAUGAUGUUUACUUUUCAUAGUACGAUUUUAGCUAUGAAAGUUUAAAAAAAAUAAUUUAAAAAAGAUGCCUGUUUUCUUGAUUGUCAGACACUGUGUUUGCUUAAUCUCACAAUAACAGUGCCAUACAGUAGGUGACCAUUGCCAGUAAUUAAAUUAAAUCUUAUCGUAUUAAACUUUUCAAACCAGUGGUGAUGUUUCAUACCGGAAUCAGAAAGUGUUUCAUCUAAUUUCUCAGAUUAUUGUUACAUGUGGUUUUAUGGUCAUUUAAAAAAAAAAAAAAUCCAUGUUGAAAUGUGUUAACUAUCUUUGUUAUAACGCAGUAACCUCAUUACCACCCAAACCUGGCAUCAUUACCACAUACUCCUGUGUUUACGGAUUAAUAAGCAAAAUAAAUAGAUAUGUUAAAUAAAUGUUUUUCAAAUCGUUCUGCACAAAAACAGCUCGUGCGAUCUCAUUGCACUUGAGUUCAAAAGAUGUGCAGUUCCCAUCUCAUAAUUCAUUGUGAUUGGCUCGAUGUUGAUGCUAUCUCAAGCGUUUCAUUUUCAUAACCCUCAGUGUUGAUGCUCGAGGCGUGAUUCACACUGGUGUCAGUGAAAUCAUUAAGCGCUGCUCAUUGGUGUGAUUUGUUCCACUGAUGUAAUCUGCAGGGCAACGAGCCACAAGUCGAAAUAACAACUCCUGUCAUUAAGUUCCCCAAACUGAAUUUAUUGUAUUGGUUGUUUAACAAAAGGGCUUGCUCUGUGUUUACUGUACAAACAUGAACACGUGUCUUGAAGUCCGUUUAAAGAAAGUUCUUACUGUGCCUUUCAUAUUCAACCUGGAGAAACAUUUUCAUUGCAGUUUUUGAGGGCGGCCUGCUGUAAAAAAUAUAUAUAAUCUCAUGACUUGUUUUAAGACUGAUGAAGUUGAAAGGGGCUUUAGUCAAAGUGGUUUCAUACUUGAAGUUGUAUUUGGAAAAAAACGUGCCAGCUCCUAAUUGUUUUCACUAUACUGUAUUUUAAAAUUAUUUCUGGUGACAGUAGUUGCCAGGCAACCAGCAGAAAGUCAAUGCCUUCGGCCAUGAAAUAAUCCGGCACACAUAAUUCAUUCUCAUUUGGUUGACACCAAAUGAAAGUGGUAUCAAUCUUCUCAUCUAACUCUUGGCAUGAAAGCGAAAAGGUCUUUCUUGAGGGUUGUAAAACUUAAAAUUGAAUGAAUCCUCAUUUGUUGAGAUUACAUGAGACAUAAUCUUAAUAAUGAGAUGCAGUGAAACAGCCAAACCCAACGUGACUGAAAAGGUGUUGAAUCAUGACUAGUAUGUCCUGUAGCUUAUAAUGUUUAUUAUGAGUAAAGAUUACGGUGUGUUUGUCAUUAUAAUGUCGUGGCUAUGGUGCACUCCAUCUGAUUUCUCAUCAGCUGCCAUUUCUUCUCAUAGUGCUGAAGAAUGUGAAAAUAAAAUUCCUUUCAGAGAUUUCUGGGGUUUUUUUGUAUACUUUUCCAAUUUGCAACAACUCCAAAUGUGUAACACAAGUCAGAUUAAAUGGAAUAUAGUAAGAACAGAAAGAAAGGCCUGCAACACGGUUUGCACCAUAGUGCUACACAUCAUCUUCAUCAGUGGUUUUCAUCUUCAUCAUCUCCUAAGGAAUUCUGUACAUCAUCACCUUAAAAAAAAAUACAUCUCCCACAGAACAUCAUAAUUAAAAUGACAUAUUGUAAAACCUCAACUUCCUGUCCACGCUAUGAGAUAGAUCUCUGUCAAAAUACUGAACGUAUCAGAAAACUGUAAUAUCUCUUCUUCUGAUUAUUAUUAUUAUUAUUAUUGUGUAUUUUUUUAAUCAGGUUUGUUUUUGUCUGGUACGAGGGUGUAAUCACCACCAGAGGGUGAUGUACAUGUACGGGUCUGAGCUGUACAUUUUUGUGACAGAUUUGUGUAUUUACAUACAGGUUGCAUUGGCCUAACUUUGUGACUAUUAUAUCAGUUUAUGAAUCGAAUGAGUGCCAAAUAUGCUUGAGCAUGACAGAAUCCGGGACCUACAAGGAGCUGCAGGUACUCUCUGACUCAUCGAGUGAGACUCGAGUGAAUCACUGCUGUUGUAGACUCUACUUGUGAUAUGAAUGCACAGCUUGAAGGUUUAACCAUGCUAAAUAUUUUUGCUGAAAGAGGGAAAACUUCUUUUAUGUUUUAUGUAUGUCUCAGUUUGAAAAAGUUUCUUAAAAUAUUUGUUGUAUGUUUCUGUGUCCAUCCAUGGCUUAUAAAUGAGUAUGCAGUGAUGGUCUUAUCAUGCUGCCAUUAGAGGUGAAUAUGAAAAGCUGAUUUACCUCAUUUGUUGGACUGUCAAAAAGAAACAUUUGGAUCAUUUUCAUUCUUAAAUCAUUCCACACAGAGAUGUGUUGUAUGUUAUCUGACCUCCUCUUCAUCCCACCCUGUCCCAAAACAAAGUGAGCCUGACAAUUUUAUCAAUUAUAGAGUGUGGAUUUGUCCAAAAUGUAAGUAAGUAAAUGUAAUUCUAAUAUUAAAAUGAAGCUAUGAAAAUAUCUUAUUGCGCACUAAACAGUGUCUAUUAUUUUUAUUAAGUCAAACCUUUAAUGUCUCAAAGAAACAAUAAAUGUAUUUGAGCAAACAAAGCAUUUUCCCUCCAGGAUCAUGUGCCUCUUCAGUUCAUAACAUGUAAAAUUUUUAACAUUGCAACAUUUACAAGAUAUUUUUUAAGGUAUUCCUAGAAUAUUUUUAUAAAAUAUACCAGAACAGGCUGCUCAACAAUCAGAACAGUAGAAGAUCUAAAAUAUAUAUAUAUAUCUUUUUUUAAGAGACAAAGAAACGAGUCAGGUCAACACAGCUUAUGUGAACACCAAACCUUUUUGGGCUGUUGAUGAUCAAACCUGAUCACUCUUAGAGGCGAAAUGCUUUGUUUGUUCUGGUCUUUUUAUUCUUUUCUAAAGAAACAUUGAAGACAGACGUGAAACGGACCUGUUUAAAUGUGUGUAAUACAAUACUCUACAAGUGUGGAUAAUCAUUCAUCCUUCAGCCCAGCAGCUGAGAAAAGCUGCACUGUGUGGAUGUCUGUACCCUGAGGAGAGAAAUUAUGUUAACUGUGUGAACACCAUUCAAAGUAGAUUGCCUUUUUGUUGAGAACAUGUACAGCUGUCUGUAGCUCAACAACCUGCCCGGGAUAUUACUUAUUGUCCAAGUGGACAAAAUCAUGUUUCCCAUUUUUGCUUAAACCAGAAAUUAAAUCGUGAUUUUAUUCAACAAUUGUUUUUGCAGCUGAAUAUUAACUUCUUUUGAGCAUGUACUUAGUGUCUGCCAGUGUGUAAACUAUUUUAAUAAUUUGAUGUACAGAGAGCAUGGUCCUUGUUAGCUCUAGAGAUUUACAGCAAACUGUAAAUAUAUGCCUUAAAUAGUAGCUGUCUUGUCUUGUGUUCGUAUGUCUGCCUUGUUUUAUGGUUAUUGAAUAAUUGUAUCAAAAGAGGAGCCUCACAAAUAAAGCAGAGCUUUCAUUGUU